GCUGUUUCUGAACCCAAAUUACCGGAAGCGGUGUGUCAAUACGCUCCGAUGGUAGGAAAGUACGUUCCUCCACAUCUGCGGAACGGCACAAGUUCCGCAACAGACGAUGGAUAUGCUGGUGCAGCCGCAGCUGCACCUGGUGGACGCUCUGAGCGAGGAGGGAAAGGAGGCACCGUCUUCCAGAUGCAGGGCGCUGGCGGCGAUUGGUCGCUGCGUUUUGGCACCAAGCGAAAAGAAACGCUAUCAGAAGAGGAGGUUUUUGGCCCUGCCAAGACACGGUCGACGAGUGGCAUCGAUUUUGACAAAUACGAUGCCAUUCCCGUGCAGGUCACAGGCGAAAAUUGCGAGGACCUGAAGCCCAUCGUCCGCUUUUCAGAGGCAAAACUUGUAGAUUCGUUGUUCGACAACUUGCGUCGAUGUGGCUAUGAUCGUCCCACACCUGUGCAAAAGUAUGCCAUUCCAAUUGUGCUGUCGGGCCGUGACCUGAUGGCCUGUGCACAGACAGGCUCAGGCAAGACCUGCGCGUUCAUGGUGCCAUGCCUGGAGUCCCUGCUGCGCUCGGGGCCGCCUCCUGCACCCCGUUUGACCUCAUUUUGCUCAUUCUCAUCAUUGGUUUUGGACUAUUGUGCUGGCCUGGCUGUUUUGGACAAAACGACCAACACACAGCGUCGCGCGCAGCGUCGUUCUCGAGCUCGUGCUCGGUUGGAUUGGUAUCUCUUCCAGAAAGGCUACAAGCAGCUCACAGUUCCCCAGCUUCGCAAGUUGCAUUGGACCCUAUCAUCCCAUCACUCUCGAGACCCUGGAUUGGUGCUACGCAUCUCAAAGGUGAUCAUGACGAAGAUGGAAAAAGAAUCCUGGCGUUGCGGAUGGUGCUGGAGACUAUGCAAGCAGAGCCAUCAAAGAUGUCCAGAUUGUGGCACAUAUUGGGAAGAGCGCGAUACUACAUAUGUCCAUCAGGCACGAGGAGGAGCCAGCCCGCGCCGACGGAAUCAGCGAUGGGACGAAGAAGAGGCGACUACUUGGAGCAGUUGGACCACCCAAUGGCCAAGUCAGCAGCCUCAGAGGCCCAAAUCACCACGACGCAGUCAGAGCAGAAGCCGCAAGGGCAAAGGCAAGGGGAAAGGCAAGGCCAAGGCGCCUUAUGCUGUGCAAGAACCACAGUUUGGGCCUGCAGCUCUUGGAAUCCAUCAUCCAGCACCGCCCUGGCAACCAACACAUGCGACGACAAGCACCACAGCUAUGUCAACGGCACCUGCCGCACCUGCUGCGCUUGGGGAUGCGCAACUGCGUGGGUUCCUGAACGAGAUGAAAAAGAUCCCGGACAUGCCUGCAGACGCGCACACCAUCAUCCAGAAGUAUGCGAAGAAGCAACGCUCAGCUACCACGAAGACUAUGCAUCAAUCCGUGACGGACUUGAGCGAAGCUCGAGGAGCCUUAGAUCAAGCUCGUCUUGCCCGACACCAAUUGCAUGGAUCGUGGCGCACCUUCCUUGGGGAAGCGCUGGAAACGUGGCAAGCUUACACGGAAGGCUUCAAGCAACAGGAGGCAGCUCUUCUUGCUCGCAUCGAGGAUGCUCAGCAGAACUUGCACGCAGCCAAGGAAGUGUUCGAGGAAUGCCGCAGCGCCCUCAUCGACUUGUCCAAGAGCGAUCAAGAAUUGAUCGAGAGUGCCGAGGCUGCGAUGGUGAACGAGCAGGUGGACGAUCCCACAGUGGCUCGGCUCCAGGAGGACCUCGAGUCUAUGCACGGUCAUCUCACUGCGUUGAAGAGCAGCGCCGAUGCCAUGGCGGUCGACUCCAAUGUGUCAGCCAAAAGACCUCGGCUCGCAGAGACAAAAGACCCGACUGGAGAGGUCGCGGCUGGCGUGCCCUCUGCACCUGGGCCGCUGGAGCCUUUUGGCUCGGCCCGCAAGUGA